CGGCGCUGCUAGUGUCAGAGCCGGGCGAGCGCUGGCAGUUCCGCGGCGGGGAUGCUGAAGAGCGCUGGUUUGGCGAGCAGCCGUGGCCACUGCGGACUUCCGAGGCACUCCGGGCCGUGAAAACCCCUGGGCCGAGGCCAAUCCCAGGCUCCCGAGGCCAUUCACCGUUCUAGAAGCCGGCGGAGGGGAGAGUCCGGCGGAGAAGCCGCUGUCCGGAUUCUGGGCUUUCGGAGUGUUCUGGAACCCCGAGAGACACCCCGGGGCUCUAGAACCUCCCCAGCGGCCCCCAGUCCCCGCUUCCUGUGUGCGUCCGUCCCAAACCCCCUCGGGUGCACGGGUCACCGGCGAGCCGUGGCCGGAUCCUGGCACACACCAUGAUCGUUGCAGACUCCGAGUGCCGCGCAGAGCUGAAGGGCUACCUGCCGUUCGCCCCGGGCGGCGGCGGCGGCGGCCCCGGGGCCGGAGAGGAGCAGAGGGAAAGUCGGGCUCGGCGAGGCCCCCGAGGGCCCAGUGCCUUCAUCCCGGUAGAGGAGGUCCUUCAGGAGGGACCAGAGAGCCUGGAGCAGCACCUGAGGCUUGAGGCACUGAUGUCCUCGGGGCGGGUGGACAACCUGGCUGUGGUGAUGGGCCUGCACCCUGACUACCUUACCUGCUUCUGGCGCCUGCACUACCUCCUGCUACACACAGAUGGGCCCCUCGCCAGCUCCUGGCGCCACUACAUUGCCAUCAUGGCUGCUGCCCGCCACCAGUGUUCCUACCUGGUGGGUUCCCACAUGGCCGAGUUUCUGCAGACUGGUGGUGACCCUGAGUGGCUGCUUGGUCUCCACCGGGCCCCCGAGAAGCUACGCAAGCUCAGUGAGAUCAACAAGUUGCUGGCACACCGGCCGUGGCUCAUCACCAAGGAGCACAUCCAGGCCUUGCUGAAGACAGGCGAGCACAGCUGGUCUCUGGCCGAGCUCAUCCAGGCCCUGGUCUUGCUCACCCACUGCCACUCACUGGCCUCCUUCGUAUUUGGCUGUGGCAUCCUCCCUGAGGGGGACUCCGAAGGCAGCCCUGCCCCCCAGGCACCUUCACCCCCCAGUGAGCAGAGCAGCCCCCCAAGCAGGGACCCACUGAACAGCUCUGGGGGCUUUGAGGCUGCCCGGGACGUGGAAGCUUUGAUGGAACGCAUGAGGCAGCUGCAGGAGAGCCUAUUACGGGAUGAGGGAGCAUCCCAGGAGGAGAUGGAGAGCCGCUUUGAGCUGGAGAAGUCAGAGAGCCUUCUGGUGACUCCCUCAGCUGACUUCCUGGAGCCCUCUCCACACCCAGACAUGCUGUGCUUUGUGGAGGACCCCACGUUUGGAUAUGAGGACUUCACCCGGCGAGGGGCUGAGGCGCCCCCCACCUUCCGUGCCCAGGAUUACACCUGGGAAGACCACGGCUAUUCAUUGAUCCAGCGGCUUUACCCAGAGGGUGGGCAGCUGCUGGAUGAGAAGUUCCAGGCAGCCUACAGCCUCACCUACAACACCAUCGCCAUGCACAGUGGGGUGGACACGUCCGUGCUCCGCAGGGCCAUCUGGAAUUACAUCCACUGUGUGUUUGGUAUCAGAUAUGAUGACUAUGACUACGGGGAGGUAAACCAGCUCCUGGAACGGAACCUCAAGGUCUAUAUCAAGACCGUGGCCUGCUACCCCGAGAAGACCACGCGAAGAAUGUACAACCUCUUCUGGAGGCACUUCCGCCACUCAGAGAAGGUCCACGUGAACUUGCUGCUCCUGGAGGCCCGCAUGCAGGCCGCCCUGCUCUACGCCCUCCGUGCCAUCACCCGCUACAUGACCUGACUGCGAGCAGGAUCUGCGCCCCGAGCAGCUGCCCCUGGGGGCAUCCUCCUCCCUGCAAGGACUUCUCU